UCAGCGGCUCGGCUGCAGCAGGUGAGCUGGACCUGCCGUGUCUUCAGGCUGAGAAACACCUGCUGCUCCUCUUCGGGAUCGUUAUCGAUCUGUUUGACCGAUCGAUUAGCUGCUUUCCGAAUGGCGCCGCUGUCCAUCCAGUCAGGGGUGAAAUACGCCAAAGCUCUGCUGCCGGAGACUCUGGUGAGGUCUGUGUGGACGCUCCAGUCCACCAUCUCUCGGCACAUCCUGCCCUCGGCUCAGCCGCGCAGCUUCAAGGUCUGCACCGGCAGCCGAAGGCGGCGGCGAGCUUUGGAGGCGUCCUCUCUGGACGAGCUGCUGGAGCAGGUUGCGAGGGUGUUCGUGCUCUCCUGCCACUUCCUGACUCUGGUCCUGGAGGAGGAUGGGACUGAGGUGGACUCCGAGGAGUUCUUCCAGUCUCUGCCCAGCAACACGCCGCUGAUGGUGCUGGAGAAAGGAGACGUGUGGACGCAGAACAAGGUCUUCCCGAGCUUCCGUCAGCCCAAGAGAAAGGGGAUCGCUAAACUGUCCUUUGACAUCUACAAGCUGCACCCUAAAGACUUCCUGUGCUGCCUGGCCAUCAAGGCGACCCUGUACGAGGCCUACACCCUGUCCUACGACUUCAGAUGCACCAGGAUGAAACACAUCCUCAAGUGGCUGCUGCGCUGCCUCACCUGCCUGAGCAGACUGUCAGGACAGCUGCUGCUCUACACGUCCUCGUCCCUGCUGCAGCUCACCGGAGACGACGACCACUUCUAGAGACUGUGUGUGUCAGUUUGUUUCUACUUUUAAAUGUUUUUGUCUUGUUGUUCACUGUUUUUAUCUGAACACUGAGUAUCGUUCAAGUCUUUGGCUGCAGGUUUUCCCACUGUGAUGUUUGUUUUUUGGAUGUUUUAUCUUUGGAUGGGAGGAUUUGUAUUUAAUGCACAAGGGAAAAGACGGGAGCCCUGAAUUUCAUUUUAAAGUCUGCCUGUAAAGUAAAUGCAUGAAUAAAGAUUCAUUAAAUCAGUA